AUGCCACCCUCACCGCGAAAAUCCCGAACACCAACCCCGUCAACGACCCCCUCACCCGCCGCCGACCCCAUAAUCGCCUCCUACGACAUCUACCUCACAAACUCCGACAUCAGCCGCUUCGUCCUGCAGUACCUCGACCGACCCACUGGGCACGCAUACGACGACACCAACGGCCAGAAACCCACCGCCAUCCGCCUGAAGCCCAAGACCGGGCUUGUGGAGGUCGACGUCCCCAUCAACACGCGCCUGAACUAUGAUCUGGGCAAGGGCGUCAAGUACGGCGAUGCGCUGAAGAAGAGUAAGAGUGCGCGCGAGGGAGGCGCGUACGGGAUGGCGGGGGGGUUUAGUGUUGCGGGCCAGCGAGAGGCGGCUGCGGGUGGGAAGGUCAAGGCGGAGGCCGGUGCUGGUGCUGGUGCUGGUGUGAAGAGCGAGGAGUAUGUGGGAUUGGCGCCGGGGGAUCAGACGCCGCUGCUUAAGGUGCAGACGCUGGGUGGACGGAUUAAGACGCCCGAGGAUGGGGACCCGGUUUAUAUGCUUGCUGCGUUCCGGGGCGAUAAACUACACCUCUCGCCGGUUACGGCGGUCGUUCAGUUACAUCCGCAGCUUCACCACCUCGAUGCGAUGGAUGAGAUGCCGAAGGCGCGUGCUGGGAAGAGGAAGGAGGGUGACGAGGAGCGGCCGGAGCCGGAGGCUAGAGCUGUUGAUGUUAAGGUCAAGGGGGCGGAGGAUAGGGAGGUCAUUGUGCCGGGGAACCUUGAUCUUUUGAAGCGGAUGCAGGAUGAACAGUGGAAGACGUACGAUUGGGUUGAUGCCGAGAACGAGGAAUCAUGGCAGAUCUACGAUAACUUCAUGAUGCACCAGGACGUGGAAGGCCUGCCGCAGCUCCAGUCAGCUAUCAACGGCGAGGAUUAUCUGGAUAAGAUGAGUGCGCCCCGGAUUGACCCGGCACGACCGGAGAUGACGGGGUGGGCGAUGAAGCAGAAUCGGCUGAAGCAGAAGGCGAGUGAGACUUCGGGGAGUAGCACGGAGGAAGGAUAA